AUGAAAUUCCCAACAGGUUUUCCGUCCAUCAGGUCUUUCUUCAUUAUCUUCCAAUUGAUUGCAAUAAUACGAUUAUUAUGCACCUACUAUCCUUACUUGACUCGACUGCCUCUUCAUAGAACGGAACCUUCACACUCCACUCACUUGCACUGUCACGGGGACGACGACUGUUUCCCCUUGAUUCACCAUUCUCUAUCCGAGGAUGUUUUGACAAGCAUUCAGUACUGCAAGAACAACUCUGUGGAGAUGGAUCGCGAGAACCCACGCAUGGCAACAGUCACCGCUCAAUUCGGUGAGCCCCAGCACCACUAUCAACGAGCCCUGCGGACCCAUCUGGUUCGCAGCAUAAUCCACGGCACCGAUGUUCAUGUCCUUUGCGAGAACAUCGUCGACGAUCUGUGGAACAAGCCUGCAUUCAUCCUUUCGAUUCUUCUAGAUGAGCUCGCGAAACCCAAGGAAGAGAGGCUCGAGUGGUUGAUGUGGGUCGACCGCGACACCAUCGUCCUGGACAACUGCCGGUCUCCAGCGAGUUUCUUGCCCCCCGCCCCGGGAUGGGCCACGGACGGACCCGAUGCGGCAUACAUUACCAAGCGAGACAAGUUCCCCAAGGGCAACGUGCACCUCCUCGCAACGACGGACUGGAACGGCCUGAACAACGGGGUUUUCCUGUUGAGGGUCAAUAGAUGGAGCGUUGACCUUUUCGACUCGAUCUUGUCCUACCGGCACUACAAACCGGACGUGGAGUUGAAGUUUACAGAGCAAAGUGCUAUGGAGCUUCUGCUGCAGGAUGAAAAGUUCCGAUACAAUGUGACGUGGGUACCUCAAUGGUGGUUCAACGCGUACCCUGGUCCGCAGAGAGCCUUCACGGCGGAUGAGGAGGUUGAACUGGAGGUAUACCAUGCAAGGCCCGGAGAUUUUAUUGUUCAUUUCGCUGGGGUUGGCAAUCGGGAGUAG